AUGGGCUCCAGUUUACACAAGCGCUUUAGCAUAUGGUUGAGAAACACCAAUUAUAAAAACAUGCAUCGAAGGCACACAACCCUUCGGGAGAAGGGCCGGAGGCAGGCCAUUCGGGGUCCAGCCUACAUGUUCAAUGAGAAAGGCACCAGCCUGACUGCAGAAGAGGAACGUUUUCUCGAUUCUGCAGAAUAUGGCAACAUUCCAGUUGUCCGAAAAAUGCUGGAGGAAUCCAAAACCUUGAACUUUAAUUGUGUUGAUUAUAUGGGACAAAAUGCCCUACAGUUAGCUGUAGGGAAUGAGCAUCUGGAAGUGACGGAGCUCCUCCUCAAAAAGGAGAAUCUAGCUCGAGUUGGGGAUGCACUUUUGUUAGCCAUCAGUAAAGGAUAUGUGCGCAUAGUCGAAGCAAUAUUGAAUCAUCCAGCCUUUGCACAAGGGCAGCGUCUCACACUCAGCCCCCUUGAGCAGGAACUGAGAGAUGAUGAUUUUUAUGCCUAUGAUGAAGAUGGAACUAGGUUCUCCCAUGACAUUACCCCCAUCAUACUUGCUGCCCACUGCCAGGAGUAUGAAAUUGUUCACAUCUUACUACUAAAAGGUGCACGGAUUGAAAGGCCACACGACUAUUUUUGCAAGUGCAACGAAUGUAUUGAGAAACAGAGGAAAGACUCCUUUAGCCACUCUCGAUCAAGAAUGAAUGCCUACAAAGGAUUAGCCAGUGCCGCUUAUUUGUCUCUUUCCAGUGAAGACCCUGUCCUUACCGCUUUAGAACUAAGCAAUGAAUUGGCCAGACUAGCCAACAUUGAAACUGAAUUUAAGAAUGACUAUAGGAAGCUAUCUAUGCAAUGCAAGGACUUUGUAGUGGGAGUACUGGACCUGUGCAGAGACACUGAAGAAGUAGAGGCGAUUCUGAAUGGAGAUGUGAACAUACAUCUGUGCCCUGAGCACCAUCGACCAAGUCUGAGCAGAAUUAAACUGGCUAUUAAAUAUGAGGUCAAAAAGUUUGUUGCCCACCCCAACUGCCAGCAGCAAUUACUCACUAUGUGGUACGAAAACCUCUCAGGCUUACGGCAGCAAUCUAUAGCUGUGAAGUUUCUGGCUGUCUUCGGGGUCUCCAUUGGCCUGCCCUUCCUCGCUAUAGCCUACUGGAUUGCUCCCUGCAGCAAGUUGGGACGGACCCUCCGAAGUCCUUUCAUGAAGUUUGUGGCACAUGCUGUUUCUUUCACAAUCUUCCUUGGACUGUUAGUAGUAAAUGCUUCAGAUCGGUUCGAAGGAGUAAAAAAUCUUCCCAAUGAAACCAUCACGGAUCAUCCAAAACAAAUAUUUAGAGUCAAAACAACACAGUUCUCAUGGACAGAAUUGCUGAUCAUGAAGUGGGUAUUGGGCAUGAUAUGGUCAGAGUGUAAGGAGAUUUGGGAAGAAGGUCCACGAGAAUAUGUGUUGCAUCUCUGGAACCUGCUGGACUUUGGGAUGCUGUCCAUCUUCGUGGCAUCAUUCACUGUCAGGUUCAUGGCUUUUCUCAAAGCAAAUGAAGCACAACAGUACGUAGAUCAGUACGUUCAAGAUGAUGACCUCAAUAAUGUCACCCUUCCCCCUGAAGUUGCUUACUUUACUUAUGCCAGGAACAAGUGGCUUCCCUCGGAUCCUCAGAUCAUUUCAGAAGGACUGUAUGCAAUAGCUGUGGUACUCAGCUUCUCCCGCAUUGCUUACAUUCUUCCAGCCAACGAAAGCUUCGGCCCCCUGCAGAUCUCUCUGGGGAGGACUGUGAAGGAUAUCUUCAAGUUCAUGGUCAUCUUCAUCAUGGUGUUCCUGGCCUUCAUGAUUGGAAUGUUCAACCUUUACUCUUACUACCUUGGUGCGAAAUACAACCCAGCUUUUACAACGGUAGAAGAAAGUUUUAAAACCUUAUUCUGGUCAAUAUUUGGCUUAUCUGAAGUGAUAUCUGUGGUGCUGAAGUACGAUCAUAAAUUCAUUGAGAAUAUUGGAUACGUACUCUAUGGAGUAUAUAACGUGACCAUGGUGGUGGUGCUGCUUAAUAUGCUAAUAGCCAUGAUCAACAACUCCUAUCAGGAAAUUGAGGAGGAUGCAGAUGUGGAGUGGAAGUUUGCACGCGCCAAGCUCUGGCUAUCCUACUUUGACGAAGGAAGGACUUUACCUGCUCCUUUUAAUCUAGUGCCAAGCCCAAAAUCAUUUUAUUAUCUCAUACUGAGAAUAAAAAUGUGCCUCAUAAAACUUUGCAAAUCUAAGGCCAAAAACUGUGAAAAUGAUCUCGAGAUGGGGAUGCUGAAUUCAAAACAACGGAAAGUUCGCUUUCAGUCUAGCACUCGAAACACAGAAAAUUAUUCGGGGAAGAACGCUUAUAACAAGCCCACGAGAUAUCAGGUGGCAACCCUACCUCCCUCUGGAUUCUACUACCUUGGCCAUCUUCAACACACCAAAAUAAUGAAACGUCUGAUUAAGCGGUAUGUACUGAAGGCUCAGGUUGACCGAGAAAAUGAUGAAGUCAAUGAAGGAGAACUUAAAGAGAUUAAGCAAGAUAUUUCUAGUCUCCGAUAUGAACUCCUGGAGGAAAAGUCACAAGCUACUGGUGAGCUGGCAAGACUAAUACAGCAGCUGAGUGACAAAUUUGGGAAGAAUUUAAAUAAGGACAUUUGA